GCGAGCAGAGAUGGGAACUAUUGGUAGCAUUGGCUUCCCUUCAGCAUCGAAAGCUGCUUUGGGCACGCAAGUACUUUCAAAUCAAAGGAAGCAUAAAUCGCCUUACAGUUUUAUGGUUCCUCCUAACUACUCUGUUAGGCUGAGUCAAAUCUGUUGUAAACUAUCAGAAAGUGGGAUUGAGGAGAACCCCACAAGCAAGAGAGCCUCUAAAUCCAAGGACAGGAUGGAGGAAUACAAUAUAGCCAUGAAAAGGAUGAUGAGGAACCCUUACGAGUAUCACCAUGAUCUGGGCAUGAAUUACACACUUAUAACUGACUAUUUGAUUGUGGGCUCUCAACCACAGAAACCAGAAGACGUAGAUCACCUCAAAAAGGAAGAGGGUGUUGCAUACAUUCUAAACUUGCAACAGGAUAAUGAUGUUGAAUACUGGGGAAUAGACUUGCAGUCAAUAAUAAGAAAGUGUCGUGAACUUGAAAUUAGGCACAUGAGGAGGCCGGCAAAAGACUUUGAUCCAAACUCCUUGCGAAGUGAACUACCUAAAGCGGUCUCAUCCUUGGAAUGGGCAAUUUCUGAGGGAAAAGGAAGAGUUUAUGUGCAUUGCACUGCUGGACUUGGUAGAGCUCCGGCUGUGGCAAUUGCUUAUUUGUUCUGGUUUUGUAGCAUGAAUCUAAAUGCAGCAUAUGAUAUGCUGACAUCAAAGAGACCUUGUGGACCGAAUAGAAAAGCAAUACGAGGAGCUACUUAUGAUUUGGCUAAGAAUGAUCCAUGGAAGGAGCCAUUUGAGAGUCUUCCAGAAUAUGCAUUUGAGAAUAUAGCAGACUGGGAGAGGAACUUGAUUCAAAAUCGUGUCCGUUCCCUUCGUGGAACUUGACAACUUAGGUUUCUAUUUAUCCAGGUUCCUACAUAGAUUGACAACCUUGCAGGGUUGGUGCUAGAUGCCAUGAUACUGCUCAAAACUGGAGAUUUUUCCAAGCAUAUUCAUAAAGAUAUAGCUUGUAACGUGUACGAAAUUUUCAGCAUAGUAUUGAAUGGCAAAUAAAUCAAUUUGGAGAAUAAUGCACCAUAGUUUUAGUCUUUUAGACUUCGUAAUAGCAUUUGAGAAUUCAAUAUGCCUAGUUGAUCAAACAUUCCUACCAGCAAGCGGCAAACUUGUUCAUCU